GACAAUUUCUGCGCAUGCGCAUUACCGUCCAAAAAUGUGGCUGUACGUUGGUAAAGCUCUCCAAAGGUUGAACCGGCGACAUUGCGGUUUGAUCUCCAAAGGGUGUUUACGCCAGCUGCAUAAUAACGAGUUAACAGACAGCUGCUAUGAUGGGAUGUACCCUGGACAUAUCCGCACCACGCCAGUCCAAAAAGUCCUGCUGGCUGUUGGGUCGGGUGUGGCUGCACUCCAGAAUCCCUACAGACAUGACAUGGUUGCUGUGCUUGGGGAGACGACCGGACACCUAGCGUUGAUGAAUCUCAGGGACAGGAUGAGAAACGAUCCUGAAGGGUACACUGUCCUAACAGAAAGGCCGAGGAUCAGGCUCUCUACUCUGGAUCUGAACAGGAUGGCGUCCUUGCCCGACGGCUCUUUCGGAAGAGAGUACCUACGCUUUCUUGAGGACAACCAUGUGACCCCUGACUCCAGGGCUGACGUGAAGUUUGUGGAUCAUGAAGAGCUGGCCUACGUCAUGCAGAGAUACAGAGAGGUCCAUGACCUGCUGCACACUUUACUGGGCAUGCCCACCAACAUGCUGGGUGAAGUGGCAGUGAAGUGGUUCGAAGCGGCCCAGACUGGACUCCCCAUGUGCGCUCUUGGAGCUGUGUUGGGGCCACUUCGGCUCAGUUCAAGCCGUUUGCAGUCUCUGUUCACCUCGCUGGGUCCCUGGGCUCUGCAGAACGGCCGGCGGUCCCGCUGCAUCCUCAGCGUCUUCUACGAGAGACGCUGGGAGCAGAACCUCGAGGACCUCCGACAAGAGCUCAACAUAGAGCCGCCUCCUGCUGUCAUACUCAGCGAGACAAACAAGAGGACAGUGAAAGAAUAAACGUUGGAUGAAUCAAUCUUUGAAUGGCAGAACAACAAACAAAAAAAAAAAAAAAACAAGAAACACUUGACUUGAGUUGUUGGGACUUUCUGAAUGAGGAUGUUUGGAAAGUUUCAAACUUGGCAAACUUUGGCUUGUCCCGUCUUACGAUCGUGUCUUCAUUCAUAACACGUCAACUUUUUAUUUGACAUGUGAAUUAUGUUGAGUGUUUAUUUAUACACAAAUAA